GGUCCAGGUCCGGUCCGGAUGGGUUCUGACCCCUGAACUCUGUCCCAGUCUGAGGAGUUUUGAUUCAUUUCAAUAAAGUCAAAAACCACAGAAACCCUAAAAAAAUCAGAGCAAACAAAAAGUGGCGUGGUUUCUGUUUGCUCAGCCUCGCCGUAACGUCGAAUCGAUUUGGCGUUUCGGCUGAAGCCGACUGACAGACGCUUUUCUUCUGCUGGGGAGCUUCAGACGCGCUGAAGUUCAAACACUGAUUCUUUCUGUGGCUGAGCUGUGGUGGAGGGAAAUCCGGAGCGACCUGCAGAUGAGUGUGAUGGACGGGUAGCAGGAAGAGGAGAAGAUGUCGUUCUUCGGCCUGGACUGUGUGAAGCCCAGAGAGAGAGAGCUGGAGAGGAAACUCCGCGCCAACGACCGCGACUUCAACCUGUCCUUCAGAUACGCGACAAAUGCAAUCAAGACGUCCAAGUACAACCUCUUCAGCUUCCUACCCCUGAACCUGUUUGAACAGUUCCAGAGGAUCGCUAACGCCUACUUCCUGGUUCUGCUGGUGCUUCAGGUGAUUCCUCAGAUCUCCUCUCUGUCCUGGUUCACCACCGUGGUUCCUCUCAUCCUGGUGCUGUCCGUCACCGCGGCCAAAGACGCGACCGAUGACAUCAAUCGCCAUCGGAGCGACAACCGAGUCAACAACCGUAAAGUCCAGGUUCUUAUAGACAGAAAGCUCUGCAGCGACAAAUGGAUGAACGUCCAGGUGGGAGACAUCAUCAGGCUGGAGAACAACCAGUUUGUCACCGCUGACCUGCUGCUGCUCUCCAGCAGUGAACCGCUCAACCUGGUUUACGUGGAGACGGCCGAGCUGGACGGGGAGACCAAUCUGAAGGUGCGCCAGGCGCUGCCGGUGACCGGGGAGCUGGGAGAGGACAUGGAAAAGCUGGCAGACUUCAACGGUGAGGUGCGCUGCGAACCCCCCAACAACCGUCUUGACCGCUUCACGGGGACGCUGGUCUUCGGCGGCCAGAAGUACUCUCUGGACAACGAGAAGAUCCUGCUGCGCGGCUGCACCCUGAGGAACACCGAGUGGUGCUUCGGCCUGGUGCUGUUCGCAGGUCCAGAAACCAAACUGAUGCAGAACUGCGGGAAGAGCACGUUCAAGCGGACCAGCAUCGACCGCCUCAUGAACGUCCUGGUUCUCUGUAUCUUCGGCUUCCUGGCCGUCAUGUGCGUCGUUCUGGCCAUCGGGAACUACAUCUGGGAAACCAAGGAAGGAUCCGGCUUCACCGCCUUCCUGCCGAGGGACGACGGCAUCAGCGCCGGUUUCUCCACCUUCCUCACCUUCUGGUCGUACAUCAUCAUCCUCAACACCGUGGUGCCCAUCUCGCUCUACGUCAGCGUGGAGAUCAUCCGUCUGGGGAACAGCUUCUACAUCGACUGGGACAGGAAGAUGUACCACGCCCACAGCGACACCCCCGCCGAGGCCCGCACCACCACCCUGAACGAGGAGCUGGGCCAGAUCAAGUACGUCUUCAGUGACAAGACGGGAACUCUCACCCAGAACAUCAUGGUCUUCAACAAGUGCUCCAUCAACGGCAAAUCCUACGGUUAUGUUGGUGACGACACCGAACACCGACCAGAACAUUUAAAGCACAGGAACGCCGUGGAUUUCUCCUUCAAUCCGCUCGCCGACCCCCGCUUCGUCUUCCACGACCGCUCCCUGGUGGAGGCGGUGAAGCUGGAGAACCCGGAGGUUCACACUUUCUUCAGGCUGCUGGCGCUCUGCCACACCGUCAUGGCGGAGGAGAAGACGGAAGGUGAGCUGUUCUAUCAGGCCCAGUCUCCAGAUGAGGGAGCGCUGGUGACCGCAGCCAGGAACUUUGGAUUCGUCUUCCGCUCACGCACGCCGGACAGCAUCUGCAUCGUGGAGAUGGGAAAGCAGCUCAGCUACGAACUCCUGGCGAUCCUGGACUUCAACAACGUUCGGAAGAGGAUGUCGGUGAUCGUGCGGGGUCCAGAGGGGAAGCUGUCCCUCUACUGUAAAGGAGCCGACACCAUCAUCUACGAGAAGCUGCAUCCGUCCUGCAGAAAGCUGAUGGACAUCACAACAGAGCACCUGAACGAGUUCGCCGGCGAGGGUUUACGGACUCUGGCGCUGGCCUACAAGGACUUGGGCGAGGAGGAUUUCCGUGAGUGGAAACAGCGCCACCAUGAGGCCAGCACCUCCCUGGACGACCGAGAGGGCAAGCUGGACCAGCUGUACGAGGAGAUCGAGACGGACCUGCUGCUGCUCGGAGCCACGGCCAUCGAGGACAAACUUCAGGACGGAGUUCCUCAGACCAUCGAGCAGCUGGCCAAAGCCGACAUCAAAGUCUGGGUUCUGACUGGAGACAAGCAGGAAACCGCCGAGAACAUCGGCUACUCCUGCAACCUGCUGCGCGAGGAGAUGAACGAGGUCUUCGUCGUCUCCGGGAACUCGGGGGACGAAGUCCAGCAGGAGCUGAGAAAUGCUCUGAGUUCCAUGAAACCAGAAGCAGCAGAGAACUCUGUGUUUCUGUCAGAUGCCACUUCAGGGAAAGGAGCGAAGGCUGAAGACGAGGCGGUCAACGGGGACUACGGUUUAGUCAUCAACGGACACAGUCUGGCGUACGCCCUGGAGUCCAGCAUGGAGCUGGACUUCCUGAGGACGGCGUGUUUGUGCAAAGCCGUGAUCUGCUGCAGGGUGACUCCUCUGCAGAAGGCGCAGGUGGUGGAGCUGGUCAAGACGUACAAGCGGGCGGUCACUCUGGCCAUCGGAGACGGCGCCAACGACGUCAGCAUGAUUAAAGCGGCCCACAUCGGCGUGGGGAUCUCGGGUCAGGAGGGCAUGCAGGCCGUGCUGUCCAGCGAUUACUCCUUCGCCCAGUUCCGCUUCCUGCAGCGCCUCCUGCUGGUGCACGGCCGCUGGUCCUACCUGCGCAUGUGCAAGUUCCUGCGCUACUUCUUCUACAAGAACUUCACCUUCACCUUCGUCCACUUCUGGUUCGGGUUCUUCUGCGGCUUCUCUGCACAGACGGUGUACGACGAGUGGUUCAUCACGCUCUACAACCUGAUGUACACGGCACUUCCUGUUCUGGGGAUGGGUCUGUUCGAUCAGGACGUGAACAGCAGCUGGAGCUUCCAGUACCCGCAGCUCUAUGUUCCCGGCCAGAGGAACCUGUACUUCAGCAAGAAGGCCUUCUUCAAGUGUGCACUGCACAGCUGCUACAGCUCUCUGGUGCUCUUCUUCAUCCCCUACGCCGCCCUGCAGGACACCGUCAGGGACGACGGCAAAGACGUGGCCGACUACCAGUCCUUCGCGCUGCUGACGCAGACGUGUCUGAUGUUCGCCGUGAGCAUCCAGCUGGGGCUGGAGAUGUCCUACUGGACGGCGGUGAACACCUUCUUCGUUCUGGGGAGUCUAGCCAUGUACUUUGCCGUCACCUUCACGCUGUACAGCAACGGCAUGUUCUACAUCCUGCCGGCGGCGUUUCCCUUCAUAGGAACAGCUCGUAAUUCCCUGAGCCAGCCCAAUGUUUGGCUGACCGUUCUCCUGACCUCCAUCCUGUGCGUCCUGCCCGUGGUCACCUACCGCUUCCUGCUGACUCAGCUCUGCCCCACCAUCAACGAGAAGGUGAUGUACAAGGUGAGGCAGGCCAAAGCCACGCCCCCUCCUCCUUCACAGCGCGCUCGCAUCCGCCGCACCAGUUCCCGCCGCUCCGGCUACGCCUUCUCGCACGCUCAGGGCUACGGCGACUUGGUGACGUCGGGUCGAUACCUGCGGCGCCCGCCCAUGCCCCGCCCCUCGGGCUUCGUCAACAUGGGUCGCGCCACCACGGGCUUCAGCCCCAUGGGCCGAUCCGCCGGGUACAGCCCCACGGGGCGGAGCCAGAACACUAAGGCCCCGGACGUGGAGGUGACGUCGCUGCAGAUGUUCAGGACGAUCCCCGACCCCGCCCUCUGAGCGGCGCCGCAGCAACCGCAGACUUUUCCUGAGAUCUCCAGGAAGGGGGCGGGGCCAGGGAUAAGACACGCCCCUUAUGGAAGGGGUAAAGUAAGAAAUCGGGACAGAGGACGGACACUAGAGGGGGGGGCACGGGUCACCAUGUUUACAGUUUUCUACAGAUUCUACUUUUCUACCUGCAGAAGUGCCUUUAGCCCCUCCUCCUGAAGCCCCCCAAGGGAGGAGGGGCUGACUACAUGCCCCUCCCCCCACAUGCAAACCAGCCUAAGAGCCUUUUAAAGAACUAUUCAGAUGUUUCUAGAACUUUGUUUGGGUCAGAGUGAGACCGGCGGGGGUCACACGACAA